CAUGGUAAAUUUGCAAGUUUUGCUAUCAUUACUCGUAUUUACAUUGGUAAACUUGGUUCAAUCUUUUCCGGAUGGAUCAGAAAAUUAUCAUCGUAACGUUACGCUGAAAUAUCCAAACUUUUAUAGAGUUUUAUGGAAAUUUGAUGAUAAAGAAAUUACUUUUGAAGUUCAAGUAAAAACUAAAAGUUGGGUAGGAUUUGGUCUCUCUCCAAAUGGAGGGAUGAAAGGUAGCGAUAUAAUUAUUGGUAGAAUUAAUCAAGAUAAAGUUUUCUUUGAGGAUCGUCACGCUAAAGGUGAAUUUGAACCUAUUAGAGAUAAACACCAGGAUUGGAUAUUAAUAUUUGGAAAAUAUGUUAAUGAUUAUACAGUAUUAAAAUUCAAGAGGAAAAUCCUAACAUGCGAUCCGGAAGAUAGAGAAAUAACUCACGGAACAUCAAGAUUAAUAUGGGCUUAUGGUGACGAUAAUUCCAACGAUAAUCCAAACGUUUUUAACAAACAUAAAAAUGAUAAUAGGGGAACUUUUAGUGUUCAAUUGUUGUCGUUUUUAGUACCGGAAAAUCACGAUGAUCUUCUCAAAGAUACUAGACCAAUUGAUUUUCGUAUGAAUAAUUUUUCACUUCCGGCAAAUAGGCAUACAUUUUAUCAAUGUGAGAUGAUUAAAUUUCCGAAAUUAUCGGGAAAGCAUCAGAUUAUAUCUAUUGAACCGAUAAUUGAUGAGAAUCAUUCGCAUUUGAUUCAUCAUCUCCUACUAACAGGAUGCCAUCGAAGUCAUAAUAUUACAGAUGAACAUGUUGGUCAAAGUUACGAGUGUUACGUUGAUGAAAUGAACAUGAGAACUAAAUUUGACAAGUGUGAUAAAAUGAUUUAUACUUGGGCUGUGGGAGGGAGUAAAUUCUUCUUUCCUGACGAUGUUGGAUUUCCAUUGGGAGGGGAUGAUGAUCCAAUUUAUGGAAAAUUGGAAAUUCAUUACGAUAAUGUUGAUUAUCAGGCUAACGUUACUGAUAGAUCUGGUGUUCGACUACAUAUUACUGAUAAGCUUCGUAAAUAUGAUGCUCAAGCACUUCGAAUUGGACAUGCAGUAACUCCAUUUCAAAUAAUUCCGCCAAAAUCAACAAAUUUCUUAUCGGUUGGAGUUUGUCCUGAGCGUUGUAUGGAUCAGGUCUUUAACGCUGCUGGCAUAAGGGAGAUAAAAGUGUUUCUUACUCUAAUGCACGCACAUUUAAGAGGAGUUAGCAUAGUUCUAAGACACUACAGAAAUGGCAUUGAAUUAGAACCAAUAACAAAUGAAGAAUCAUACGAUUUUAAUUUUCAAGAAUUCAAUCUUUUAACAAAACCAAGAAGCGUUCAAUUGGGUGACCGACUAGUUUUAGAAUGUUUUUAUGAUACAAAAAAAGAUGAUCAAGCAAUUUACGGUGGCUUGUCAACAAAUGAAGAAAUGUGUUUGGCAUUUUUACACUAUUAUCCAAAAAUUCCUUUAAGCGGUUGCGAAAGUAGGCCACCUUAUAACCAAGUAUCUGAAUUUUUUAAUCCAAACAAGACAAUAGAUUGGAAUGAUCUGGCAACUAGGAAAAAGUUACAAAAUAUAGCCUAUUCAAAUAAGAUUGUUAUGGAAUGCGAAGAUGGAAAUAUUGAAUAUGAGCUUAUUUUAUAUGUUUUACCGCUUUGCGGUGUGACAUGCUUUCCUAAUCCAUCUGAGGAUUAUCCGCAUAACACCAUUCUAAAAAGUCCAGAUAUUUAUCGACUCUUUUGGAAAAAUGAAGUAGAUUCCAUUACCUUUGAAAUUCAGGUGAGGACUAAAGGAUGGGUCGGCUUUGGUAUAUCUCCAAAUGGUGGAAUGGCUGGAAGCGAUAUAUUUACGGCUUGGCUAGAAGAUGGAAAGGUUAUUCAUCACGACCGACAUGCCUUGGGAACUUUUCGUCCUCUUAAAGAUAAACUACAAGAUUGGAAUUUGAUAUUUGGUAAAGAAAUUGACAACUACUCAGUCUACAAAUUCAGUCGUAAAUACGAGACGUGCGAUAAGGAGGGAGAUAGAGACAUUAAACUUGGAACGGUAAGGGUUAUAUGGUCGUAUAAUCCGGUUAGACCGUUUUCGGAGGAGCAAGAUAUCUUCUAUCACGGAUUUCUUAACCGAGGCACGGCGUCCUUAAACCUUCGGGUCAACGAUCUAAAACAAAAGAGAGAAGAUCUAUUAAGAGAUGCUUUCCCAGUAGAACUGACGGUUAAGAACUUCGUUUUACCUCAUAAUAUUCACACAACAUACGUCUGCUCUUUUUAUAAUAUUAAUAGAAUUUCUUUUAAACAUCAUGCCAUUGCUGGUGAACCGAUUCUAAACGCAAAUGUACCGUCCAGACUUCACCAUUUAAUUGUCUAUAUUUGCAAUCCGAAAGCGGCGAAUUACAGUGCAUAUCUUGGAAAAGAUUCCAAUUGUCUGGAUGUUAGGGAUCUGGCCAAACAUUGUGACUCUUCUCUCUAUGGUUGGGCUGUUGGAGGCACUACAUACUAUUUACCACCCCAUGUCGGAAUACCUGUAGGAGAAGAAGAGCUUAUAGUAAUGACAGAAAGUCACUAUGAUAAUAGCAAUUUCCAAGAAGGAAUUGUUGAGAAUUCUGGAUAUCGUUUAUGGUUUACUGAUAAUCUAAGGCAAUAUGAUGGCACAAUAUUUGCAGUUGGCAUCGAGGUCUCUCCCUUUCAGAUUAUACCUCCUAGGGAAUCGAGUUUUACAUCAAUUGGCCAUUGUCCAGCGGAAUGUCUCAAUGACGGAUUUGACGAAUCCGAUGUUGAAGAAGUAAAGAUUAUUGGCUAUUUACCUCAUUCUCAUCUCGUAGGCAUUAGAAUAAGAUUAAGGAUUUUUAGAGGGGAUGAAGAACUUGAACCUAUCGUAAUUGAAAAUUCGUACGAUUUUGAUUAUCAAAACUUUUUACACCUUCAAACUGAAAGAGUAUUAAAGAGAGGUGAUAGGCUAGUGACCGAAUGCGAUUACAAUACAUUAAACCGUAAGGAAGAAACACUCGGUGGUUUAGCUACCGAAAAUGAAAUGUGUAUAGUAUUCUUAACAGUCUAUCCUAAGUUUGCAGUUAGAAAAUGUGGCAGUCAUCCAGCGACCAGUCAAUUUGCUUCAUUAUACGACGAUCCGGUCAAAAGAAUUACUGAUUGGAGUAAUCCUCAAAAGAAGAAAAUUGCUCAAGAGAUAGCUUUAAGUAAUGAUAUUGAAUUGGAGUGUGACGGUAACGGUAUCAAAUUGAAAUCGCAUAGAAAGAUUCUUUCGAUGCCGUUGGUAAGCCAUUUUUACGCCAAGAUUGAUACUUGCGAUAGGUUCCCUAUUCCUUCAGAAAAAUAUCCUCAUAGCGUCGUUUUAAAAGAGCCUGACUUUUAUAAAGUCUAUUGGAAGGUUGUUGAAGAUGUGAUAACUUUUGAAAUUCAUGUGAAAACAAAAGGUUGGGCUGGGUUUGGUAUAUCUCCCAACGGAAAUAUGAUUGGAAGUGAUGUAAUUAUGACAUGGAUGGGAGAGAACGGACUUAAAUUUGACGAUCGUCAUAUUGUAGGAUAUGUUGAACCUCUUAUCGAUGAUGUUCAAAAUUGGCAUCUCAUUACUGGUAGAAGAUACGGGGAAUAUUUGAUUGUGAAAUUCUAUAGGGAAUUAGAUACUUGCGAUAUAGAUGAUAUUGCUAUUGGAGAAGCAACGACGCGAAUUGUAUGGUCGUACAGAAAUGAAGUGGUUAUCUCUGACGAGGCAUUUUAUCACGGAUUUACUAGUAGAGGAACUAAAAGUGUCCACCUAUUGGCGGACGAAACAGACGAUCGCGACGGAAAACCAAUAGAGGGGGCCUUCCCUUUUGAUGUUAGAAUAGCGAACUUUUCUAUUCCUCAUACAGUUGACACAUUUUACCGAUGCGAAAUUUUCAAACUUCCAGAAUUAGACAAGAAGCAUCAUAUAGUUGCUGUUGAAGCUAUAGUAGAUGAAAGGAAUCCGUCAGUUCCUCAUCAUCUACUUCUUUAUGGAUGUAACGCAAAUAUAAAUCUAACUGACGAAGAUGUUGGUAAAGGAUACGAGUGUUACAAUCGAAAAGCGAACUAUAACGGCCGCUACGAUUCUUGCGAAGCCAUACUAUUUGUUUGGGCCAUUGGAGGUAAACGUCAAUAUUUUCCGGACAAUGUUGGAUACCCAGUAGGUAGAGACACUGAUGUAAAAUUUCUCAGACUGGAAUUUCAUUACGACAAUCCAUCAUUUAAAAAGAAUAUUGUCGAUACUUCUGGGUUAAGAUUAUGGUUGACUGAUAAAAUUCGAAAGGAAGAUUUACAAACAAUAGAAGUAGGCCAUGUUGUAACACGUGCACAAGUAAUACCUCCUAUGACUCCAUUAUUUGUAUCCUUUGGGGCUUGUCCGUCCCAAUGUCUUUCGGAGGCAAUGGAAAGAGGAGGUGUAGAAGAAAUCACUAUCGUAUCCAUUCUGUUACACGGCCAUCUAUUAUCUAAAGCUUUAAAACUAAGACAUUUCCGUAAUGGAGUUGAACUUAAACCAUUGGCCGAUGAUCCGUAUUACGAUUUCAAUUUUCAAAGUUUUGUGUCAUUGAAGGAGCCUCGAAAAGUACGAAAAGGAGAUUGGUUGCUCCUCGAAUGCGACUAUGAUUCUUCGGAUAGGAUGAAGGUUACUCGUGGUGGCUUGGGAACUAGAGACGAAAUGUGCAUUGCUUUCCUUACGUCAUACCCUAAUAUACCUUUGUCACAUUGUCUUUCGCAUCCGCAAAUCCCUGAACUAACCAAGAUAGGUAAGUUAGAGGAGUUGAUAUGGACGAGGGACAUAAUUGAACAGCAUCAAAUGAAUGUUGCAACACCAAACGUUACCAUUAAAUGCAACCACGGAAGUAUAUUACAUCCUAUUGAUACGAAAGAUAUAACUUUGCCAUCAGUAAACGAAGAAUACACACUACCGAAUUCAACAUGCCAACUUAACGGUCAAGCUUAA